AUGGUGAAACCGCAGAAGGGAACAUUCAUUAACCAUGAUAUAAAAUCUAAUGAAAACAAGCCUGCAUCCAAGCCGCCUGUGAAACGUUUAGCAUGUGCGAAUUGCCGUCGUCGUCGGAGAAAAUGCGAUUUGAAUUAUCCAUGUGGACGAUGUGUUGAGUUUAAACUAGAAUGCAAUAUAAACGACGUUGAUCUACGUAAGAAGAGAUAUAAUCUCACCUAUGUGAAGAACUUAGAAGAUCAUGUUGCUCAAAUGGAACUUCGUUUAAGGCAGUUUGCGAAACGUGCGGAAGAGUUAUUACCUGAUGAUGCAGGUGGAGCUAAAAAGUUGAUGGUCAAUGAUAUUUUAAGCUGUGUUUCACCGAUGCCUAGCGAGGAUAUUAAUGGGACAACAAAUGAAGUGAGUAACUCUAUCAACAACAAGGACAGUUAUGUCUUUUCCAGGAUGCAAUCUCCGUCAACAGAUGCUGAUAUAGAGAACAGCGUAAAUAUAAAGGAAGAAAAAUCCGUAACCAUGAGCAAAGGAUCCUCUUCAUCUCUUUCGAAUGAUAGUUCGCUUUCGAAUAACAAUCAUGACGUCUUAAGAAACAAAAAGUUUGUUAAGGGAAGUAUAUACCCAGAGGGCCCAACUUCUUACAAAAAACGUAAUCGGGAGAAGUCCACUAAGGCCCAACCGAGCCAAAGAAUAGGGGACUUGAAAAGCACAGUUAUCGUUCGUAACCAUUCCGAUCCCAAUAGUGGCAGACUAAAUUCCGACCCGGAAAUCAUUCAGAGUUUAUCCAAUUUCUACAAAUGGUUAUAUCCCGGAAAUUUCAUUUUUGUCCAUAGAGAAUCGUUUUUAUAUGGGUUUUUCAACCAUAACGAAGAAACCUACGAUAACUCACAAUACUGUUCUGAAGAGUUAAUAUAUUCAGUUGCGGCAAUAGGGAGUAGGCUUUCCAAAGAUUUGCAUCAUCUUUCAGAGCAAUAUUAUGAAAUUGCAAAAUCGCGACUCUUAAAAAUAGUGUUUGAUGAGCAAAGUAUCGCGAAGAUUACGACUGUACAAGCAUUGCUAUGUCUCGCAUUUUAUGAGCUUGGAAAUGGAGAGAACCAACUUGCCUGGUAUUUCAGUGGCUUGGCCAUCAGAGUUGGGUACGACAUGGGGUUCCAAUUAGAUCCCAAAGUGUGGAUCACCGACGACAGUAUACACGAUAAUCAGGAAUUGAGUGACAGCGAGUUAGAAAUCAGGUCUAGAAUAUACUGGGGGUGCUAUAUUGCAGAUCAUUUCAUAUGUCUCAUCUUGGGCCGUGCUCCAAGUUUGACGGUCUCCAACUCUACUGUACCCGAGAGUGAUGAGUUACCAGAGAUCGAGGGGACGGAGGAUUUCAGGUACGAGAGUCAAACGGUGCUUCAGGUCUCGCAACCUUUGAAGAACCUCAUGAUUCUUUCAAGAAUUAUUCAGAUCUUCACUUCAAAGAUCUUUAUCGAACCCAAUACUACUGCAAAACGAAUCGAGUAUUUGAAGAAGUUCAAUUUGAAGGUAGCGAAUUGGAGGCAAUCGUUGCCAGAAUUCCUCAAGUGGUCAAAAGUGCUAGUGCAAAGUGUGGAGCUAAGCACGGACCCCACAGUGUCCUACUUCUGGUACCACUACUACAUUGUGCUCAUCACGUUCAACAAGCCGUUUAUGGAAGAUUGCGAAGAGGCAAAGACUGUUAUCCUUGAUCUGCUACAGGACCUCAAGACGUUGUUGAACAACUUAAAACUAAAAUUCAACAAUUCGCUGGAGAGAGCGACACUCUACCAUCUCUACACAUGUCUACUCUCGAUAUCGUGUUUCCAAAAACUCAUGUCGAUGGGUCCAGAUCCUGCCGUGAAGGCAACGUUCCCGAACCUAAAAUUCGAGCUUCACUGGUUCAAGUCGGUAUUCCACGAAUUUUCCAACAUCUACGAUCUACCUAACAAAAUCGAGGAAGAGGACUUGGAACUCGAGCAUCAACAGGACCCUUCAUUGCAAACGCACCUGGGCUACCACGGUUUCCAAGGGUUCCAGGGUUUCCACCAGAUGAACAACACUCACGAUUUUUCGUUGUCGGACGAAAUUGAUGACUUGAUCAAGCAGGUGUUUGGGUUUGACCACUGGAACAUUAAUCCGAGCUACCAGGUGUAG